AUAAAAGCACUUACCUUGGUGAAGUAAACGCACUUUUGCUAGAGCGGAAAGUUGAAGAAACAUGAAUCGUCUGAGUUUGUUGUUCGUGCUUGUUGGAGCAGUCGCCGUUUUCGGUGGCAAUCUCCCUGCCGAAUACCUUGAAUGGGAAGGUCGUAUUGUCGGAGGCCAAAACGCCGGAUCCGGACAGUUCCCGUACCAGGUUUCGCUUCGCUCGUCAGCAAAUGCUCACUUCUGUGGUGGAUCGAUCAUCAACAACCGUUGGGUGCUGUCAGCUGCUCACUGCACCGUUGGACGUACUUUGGCAAAUACCCGCGUCGUCGUCGGAACUCACCUGUUGAACAGCGGUGGUGUUGCCCACAACUCGGCUCGCAUUGUCAACCACGGAUCGUACAACGCCAACACCCUGGCCAACGAUGUCUCACUUGUUCAGACUGCUUCCACUAUUGGAUUCAACAAUCUGGCUCAACCAAUCGGUCUGAGUGCUACCUUCAUCAACACCGCUAGCGGAGCCUUGGCUUCCGGAUGGGGUCAGUUGGGAGCUAACGCCGGUAUCCCGAACAAUCUGCAGUGGCUGAGCACCAGCAUCAUCACCUUGGCUGAUUGCCGCAACCGUCACUCUGCUGCCAACAGCGCCCGUGUAUUCGACAACACCGUCUGUACUCUGAGCCCAAGCGGCCAAGGUUUGUGCAUGGGAGAUUCCGGUGGCCCAUUGGUGCAUGGAGGUAACCAGCAGGGUAUUGUCUCGUGGGGUAUUCCCUGUGGACUUGGUUCCCCUGAUGUAUUCGCUCGUGUUUCUUCGCACCGUACCUGGAUUCUGAACAACGCCAACUAAAUGCAUUUUUUUGUUUUUUGUUGUGAGGAUUAACUUACAAAUUUGACUUUCUUUCCUUUAUUUACUAAUAAAGGAAGGUUGAAGAGUAGAAUAAAUUAAUUCUUUUUCAAUACACUA